GCAAAACGCGUCCGUCACAUUUUGUAUGCGAACGAGCGAGUGUGUUCGCGAAUGAAUCGUCAUCGUUCGCUGGUGUGUGUAGGGAGCGGCAUUUGUGCGCUUAUUACCAUUUUUGGUAUGACGCUGCCUCCUUGCUAUUACUCCAACUGGUUGCAACUGAUGUCCUGCAAUUGCUCAUUGGUUACAGUUUGACUACUUUCAAUGAUCUUUGAGUAAUUUUUGAUCAUUACUUUGACUUACUCUCUGAGAAUUGAGACUCUUGUAUAUUUGCAAUGGUUCCACCCUAAUAUUACAGGUUUAGAAGCUGAACGUCUAUUAAUGGAACGAGGAUAUGACAGUUCAUUUUUAGCACGUCCAAGCUCUUCAAAUCCUGGUGACUUUACAUUGUCUGUCAGACGGAAUGGUGAAGUGACUCAUAUUAAAAUACAAAAUACAGGAGACUUCUACGAUCUAUACGGUGGUGAGAAAUUCGCCACACUUUCCGAACUGGUACAAUUUUAUAUGGAAAACGGUGGGCAAUUACGCGAGAAGAAUGGAGAAAUUAUCGAGCUCAAGUAUCCCCUCAAUUGCGCUGAUCCCACGACUGAAAGGUGGUUCCACGGCCAUUUGUCGGCUAAAGAGGCGGAACGGUUGAUGCUGGAACGCGGCAAAAAUGGAUCCUUCUUGGUGCGCGAGUCCCAAAGUAAACCCGGCGACUUCGUGCUGUCCGUACGCACCGACGAUCGCGUCACGCAUGUUAUGAUACGAUUUCAGGACAACAGAUACGACGUAGGUGGUGGUCACAAGUUCGACAGUCUGAGUGAUCUGAUAGAGUAUUAUAAGCGAAAUCCAAUGGUCGAAACUAGUGGCAGCGUCGUUCAUCUUCGACAACCGUUUAAUGCGACGCGCAUUAACGCCAGUGAUAUUGAAAGCAGGGUGAGACAAUUACACAAAGAGAAUGGCUGUUCAAACGGCUGGUUAUGUUGGAACGGCGCUAGUGGAAGUGAUGAAAGUGGUGCAGGCCGUGGUAAAGGUAAAGCUGGCUUCUGGGAGGAAUUCGAGUCACUUCAACAAGUGGAGUGUCGACAUCUUUUUUCGAGAAAGGAAGGUUUACGGAGUGAGAAUCGCUCGAAGAAUCGUUACAAGAACAUUUUACCAUUCGAUCACACGAGGGUGCGAUUGAAAGAUGUGGAUCCAAACAUCCCUGGAGCUGAUUAUAUUAACGCUAAUUAUAUAAGGGUGGAGGGUAAAAUUCUUUUGCAGAAUGAAGAAGGUGAUGGGACAAGUACUACCACUAUUGGCACUGUUGGCGGCAACGAAGUUGCGCCGCUCGGCAAAUACUAUAUAGCGACGCAAGGCUGUCUCCCGAACACCAUCGGAGAUUUUUGGCACAUGGUCUAUCAAGAAAAUACUCGGGUGAUUGUCAUGACCACGAAAGAGAUGGAGAGAGGAAAGAACAAGUGCGCGCGUUACUGGCCGGAAGAAAACGAAAUCGCCGAAUACAAUGAUGAAUGGAAAGUGCGCGCCAUGUCGCAAACCUCAACCGCUGAUUAUACCCUGCGCGAGUUUUUACUACAGGGAACCAAACCGGACUUUUCCGAGCCCAGAAGAAUUUAUCAUUACCACUUCCAAGCAUGGCCCGAUCACGGUGUCCCGUCGGACCCUGGCUGCGUACUGAAUUUUCUACAUGACGUAAACGCCAGACAAGAGUCCAUCGCGGCCUCCUCAGCCUCUAACAACCAGAGCGUAUCAUGCAUAGGGCCGAUUCUCGUUCACUGCAGCGCCGGAAUCGGCAGAACUGGCACAUUUAUCGUCAUUGAUAUGAUUCUAGAUCAAAUUAAACGUCACGGGUUGGACUGUGAGAUCGACAUUCAACGCACGAUACAAAGAGUACGCUCACAGAGAUCGGGAAUGGUCCAGACAGAGGCGCAAUACAAAUUCGUCUAUCUCGCCGUUCUGCAUUACAUCGAGACGGUAUCACAGCGAAUGCAGGCGGAACAGAAAUCACUUCAACUAGGCAGAGAAUACACCAAUAUUCGAUACAAGAGCGAAACGAACGCUUCCGCCAAUGCCAUCGUAGGCGAGACUUCCACCCCUGCGUGUACACCGACCCUUCCAACAUUGUCCACGUCUACCAAUAAUUUGAGGCCAAAGUAAUUUUUCCGUCUAAUCGGCUUAGUCGGUUCCGCGGACAUCCGGGAAAGCAAAGAAGAGGCUUCGUUACUCUCCCUCAUUCUCCUUCUUUCCCUUCUCUUUUUCAUCUCAUCUUCUGUAUCUUUCUGUCGAGUAAUACGAGAAGAAAAAACCUAGCUCGGUACGACGUAACCUGCUUACAAGAACCUAUUCUCGCCGAUGACAUAAUUCAGUUUCGCCCAUGUUGAAUACACUUAUUUUUAUUGAGCAUACUCACGGCGCAUUUUUUUAAACAGAUUGUGACCUAUACAUAUAGAAAUAUAUACAUAAGUUGAAAUAAAAAAGGGGAAAAGCCCUAUACUUCCGGCGA